CUUUCCAUAUUAUCUGCUUUCCUUAGCUCUAUGAUUUUUGCCCUUUCUCAGCGCAAUAAAUAACAAGCAGUUGAUCUAGAUAAACAAGAUUUUGUAUUUUUUCCUGAUUUUGAGUUCCUUGCAUUUAUCAUUUUCUGGGCUCGUUUUCUUAUUGCUGUUUGGAUUGUCGGUGGAAAACCGACUGCACAGUUAACAAAGUUGUUAGAUCAGUUGCGAUUUGCUUAAUGUUUGAGUCUAAUUUGAGAUUGAACCAUCUUCCAGAAGAAUUGAGGUGCCAUAAGCAGCAGAUGAAAGCUGAGGUUGUGGUGAAGGUUGUGCCAUUAGAGAUGGAAGAAUCAGAAGCUCAAGUGAUUGAAAGCUUAACAACUUCCAUUGAUAUAAAGUUAAAUAAGUUAUCUAUAGAUCCUCCUUACUCGUAUACAGCGUGCAUCUAUACGGUUUCUCAGAAGCUCCGAAAAAAUAAUGAAGCAUCCUAUACUCCUCGACUAGUGUCAAUUGGUCCACUCCAUCAUGGUAAAGCUCCACUCCAAGGAAUGCAAGCGUACAAGUUGAGAUUUCUGCAUAAUUUCUUGAGCAGAUUUUCGGUUGGCCUACAACUACAAACCUUAGUCACGUUUGCAGCAAAGGAAGAAAGUUUUGUUCGUGGGUGUUAUGAGGGUACGGUUAACCUUUCUACUAAGAGACUCACGGAAAUGAUUUUGUUGGAUGGGAUAUUCAUUGUUGAACUUUUCCUAGAGAGUCUCUUCUUUCAGCUAAGGGAUAAGAAUGAGAUAAUAUUUGAGAAUCACUGGAUGUACCAUGAUUUGUUGCAUGACAUGUUGUUGCUAGAGAAUCAGCUACCUAUAAGUGUGAUGAAUAGCUUAUUGAAUUUCGUGGAUUUUACUUACUUAAACGAAGGCAUGAGGCUCAGCAUCUAUGAUCUUGCUCAGAAUUUCUUCAAGAAUGUUGGCAUUACACACAAGGUGCAACUGUCAGAGCCUUGUAGUCAUGCUAGGCAUUUUGUCGAGUUUCUUCUGUUUCUUCAUGCUCCGGAGAAUUUGAGAAAACAACCAAUCUUCCCUGCUAGAAAGUUUGAGUACACCCGCAGUGUAACAGAGCUACAAGAAGCAGGAGUGAAGUUUCUUAGUGGGGAAGGAAAUUGCUUAUUCGAGGUGCUGUUUAGCAAAGGUGUGCUGAUGAUCCCAAAGUUGACAGUAAAUCAAUCGACUGAGACAUUCUUCCGGAAUCUUAUAGCCUUUGAGCACUUGGGGUAUUGUGGGUACUAUUCCAAGAAUAUUACAAGUUAUGUCAUACUCAUGGAUAGCUUCAUAAACACUUCCCGCGAUGUUGAUUUGCUUGUUAAGUGUGGCAUCAUCGAGAACAAAUUAGGCGAGAGUGAACAUGUGGCAGACCUGUUCAACAAUCUGUACAAGGGAGUUGUGACAGAAGUGAAGUAUUUCUAUUUUGCUAAGCUUUGUGGAGACUUGAAUGACUACAGCAGGGAUCAGUUUCACCAGUUGAAAGCCAGUUGGUUCAAAUGGAGAGUGAUGCUGAGACACGAUCAUUUCAGCAACCCGUGGUCCUUCAUUUCUGUUCUCGCUGCAAGCAUCUUGCUCAUUCUCACAAUAAUACAAACAGUCUGUUCAAUUCUGCAGGUUUGAUGAGUAGGACGAAAGGAGUCCUAAUAUUUUGAGAGAAGGAAGAUGCAUUCUGUUGAGCAUAUAUAUAGCAUAUCAGCUGGUUACCAAUGAUAUGAUGGAGCUCUUAGUUGGGUGCUCAUUUUCGACCAACUUACUUCCCUAAUUUGGUCCUGUGCAAACCAGACUUAUGGUUGCUUACCUUCAAGUGUCCUGCAUACUUAUCCCUGUACAUGGUUUUUUUUUUCAAUUCUAUUUAUUCAAGCUUUUAUUUGUAAUGUGACAUGUUCAUUAUUGUGAAAAAUUUAUUAGAAGUUGGGAUAUGUUAAUACGCAAUGUACCUUGCAAGCACAUAUGCAAAUCUGGAAAGUAAAUCAUUUAAAAAAAAAAUAACUAAAUAAUGUCUUUGCAA